AUGGCAGCAAUUCCACAAGUCAGUUUGAUCAGUUGUGAAAAGCCGAUGCCGGUGAUCGGCAUGGGUACUUCUUCGUAUCCUCCGGCCGACUUCGAGACCGCCAAAACAGCUAUAUUAGAAGCCAUCAAAGCAGGGUAUCGCCACUUCGACACGGCCUUCGCUUACGGGUCGGAGAAGCCCCUCGGCGAAGCCAUUGCCGAAGCUCUACGUCUCGGUCUCAUCCAAUCACGCGACGAGCUCUUUAUCACAACCAAAUUAUGGUGCAGCUUCGCUCAACGAGACCAAAUUGUUCCUACCUGUAAAAUGAGCCUCCAGAACCUUAAAUUGGACUAUGUUGACUUGUACUUGAUACACAUGCCACUGAGGUUGAGUCAAAUGAUACAGAAGACACCAGUUGAUGAAGAAAUCAUACAUCCUUUGGAUGUGAAGGGAGUUUGGGAAGGCAUGGAAGAGUGUCAAAAAUUGGGUCUCACAAAGGCCAUUGGUGUCAGUAAUUUCUCUCGCCAGAAGCUAGAGGAGGUACUUUCCAUUGCCAAAAUUCCUCCUGCAGUCAAUCAAGUUGAGCUCAAUCCGGUGUGGCAGCAAAAACAACUAAGAGAGUUCUGUAAGGCAAAGGGUAUUCAUAUAACUGCUUACUCUCCUCUUGGUGCAAACAAUACUAAAUGGGGAGACAACAGAAUUAUCGAAAGCGAUGUGCUAGCAGAUAUUGCCAAGGCUCGAGGAAAGACGACCGCACAGGUAGCCCUGAGGUGGGUUUAUGAGCAAGAAGUGAGUUUGGUGACAAAGAGCUUCAACAAGGAGAGAAUGAAAGAGAAUUUACAAAUAUUUGAUUGGUCUCUGAGUGAGGAAGAGUUGGAUAAAAUCAGCAAAUUGCCACAACGUAAAGGAGUUACUUUGGCCUCUAUUCUUGGACCCCAUGAUUUUGUGCUACAGUUGGAUGCAGAACUCUAA